UAGUAUUUAUCAAUGCACUUUUUUUUUCUUUUCUCUUGGCACUAUAUUUGCACGAAGAGCAAAAGUGCUGGCAUAUUGAUGAAUAUUUAAUUCAAACUAGCAUUUACACUCAUGCAAUACAUGAGUAAUAUUUUUAUAUUUUUUAUAAGUAAAAUAAAUAAAUUGUAGUAAGUUAAAAUAACAAAAAUAAAUUGACAAUAAAUAAGAAUUAAAAAUUAACUUAUUUAAAAAAGAGAAGAGAGUAGUAUAUGUUUUUAAGUUUUAAUUUUGUUUUUAUAAAUUUUAAGUUUUAAUUUUUAAACAAACAUAACUUUUACAUUUUAAAUUUGAUAUUUACAUAAAAUAUAUCAAAUUUGAUAUAUAUUUUAAUUUGAUAUUGUAUUUUUAAUUUGAUAUGCAUAUAAAUAUUUUAUAAUUAGCCCAACUUCAUAGUUUUAGAAAAUAAAUAAAAUAGAAAAAUUAGAAGAUAAAGAAAAAAAUAAUUUAUAUUAAAAUUUAAAAUUAGUGCUAUUUUUUUAAAUAUAUUAUAGAUUAUAGAUAUAGAUAGAUAUCACAAUCCUUAUUAGAUUAAGAGCAUCAAUGAUAAUUAUUACUACAACUUAAUAAAAAUUAAAAUCUUGAAAAAUCCGAUCAAAGAAGUCUCUGAUUGUCAAAAGAGGUAGAGGCAUUUUCACAAACCAAAGCCCUUUGAAAAUGGAGGAAAAUAAUUGGGCAACUCGAAAUUAUAUAGGAUGAGAUGAAUCGCCCAUAUUGAAACUGCGAAAGCUUCCCUUCAUAGAUUGGUGUGCUGUUUUUGUCCAUAAACCUGCCCACAACGCCGAUCGCCACCUAUCUCUCUCAUACUCAAACACAUAAUUGGAUUUCUUCAAAUAUUUGUCUCUAAUGUUGCCUAACUUCCUUCCUCCCAAUUCUCUUUGAUGUUUUUUGCUGAUGAUUCAAUGCUUGGAAGCUGGCCCUCCCUCGACCCUCACAACUUCAGCCAGUUAAAGCCCAAUGAUCCUUCCAAUCCAUCGAAAAUGACGCUUGUUACGUAUAAUCCUACUCAUGACCGCACCCUCCCUCCGCCUGAUCAGGUUAUAACGCCGGAAGCGAGAAACAUUCUCCUGAGGCACUUCUAUCAACACGCUGAAGAUAAGGUUAGCAUUUUAAUCACAAUGUUACUCUCAUACUUACUGCUUUAUUGGUUAAUUGCAUAUAGAUUAUUUAACUUUCAUCUAAUUAUGCUUUUGCAUACUUUCAUAAGAUACAACGUCGUUUUUGCCAAUAGAUUGCCACGCGUUAAUUAUUCAGCUAGCCAUGUCAACAGUAAGUUUGACCGGAAUUCUAGAUGGUACCAAAAUCAAAUUAAAUUAAUAGUGUAGUAAUUACCGCACCAAACAUUAAAGUUAAUAUGCAAAAUCAGAAUUUAAUGAAAGUUGAGUAAUUUAUAGACAACUAACCCUAUAUUUCUUUGUUCGUAAUUUCUAGCUGCAGCUGCUCAGUACCAAGAGAGGUUCGUCCGAGAAUCCGGCGCCGGAGCGCGCAUCGAAGCUUCCUAGGGCUUCCGCUUCUGAUAAUGGUUAAUGUGAGCUUCACAAAAUUGUGAAUAUAUUUGUAGACGCCAAUAUAGAGUAGGUGUCUGCUGAAGAGCUCAUGAGCAUGUUUGUUUUGCGUAUUUUCGAAUAAAUAUAUAUUGCCUUCAUUACUUUCUUCUACAUUUGGAUUAAGUGAUAGAUUGAUAGUGUACCAGAAAAUCGUGUAAUUGAUUUAUAUAGAAACGACUACGAUUGCCAUUGCUAAAUAUGUUAAUUUCAUUUUUCAUUAUUUUCA